GUCAUUAGAAGAGGCGUAACACGCCAGUCCCUACCCAGGUUUGUUUCCUGGAGUGGGUGUAAGACAUCAGUUGUAAACCUGCCCUUGCAGGAGCAGCGGUCCCUCCCUCCUCCCAACUAUUUCUGAGGCUUUUAUUUCUAAGGCUUUAUUAUCACACCGGUGGAACAGGAUCCGCGCGCGCCGCCGCUCCGCUAUCCCUCCUCAGCAGCCCGCGAGACGCCUCUGUGGACACAAAAAAACCCCAAAACCCGAAAAAAAGGAAACCAAGAGAAUUGACUAAAAAACAAAUUGGAAAAAAAUAAAAAAGAAACAGACGCUGAAACCAAGGGAGUCCAUGAGAGCUGCCAUCUGAUCCACGAGCUCCCCUCCCCACCCCCCCUUCGCCCCCCAACCCACCUCCCCCCGCUCCCUCCCCUCCACACUUAUCAAUGAAGCAGGAGAUCAUGGCGGAUGGCCCCAGGUGUAAGAGGCGAAAACAAGCGAAUCCGAGGCGGAAAAACGCAGCUCUCAACUACGAGAAUGUGGUGGAGACGGGCUCGGAGACCGAGGAGGAGGACAAGCUGCCCGUGUCCGAGGAGGAGCCACUGAUCAACGGCGCGGGCAGCCCCGCCAGCCUCACCAACCCGGAGGCGUCGCCGCACGCCGAGGGCCACGGCCUGCUGACGAAGGACGAGGAGGACGACGAGAUGCGGGACAGCGGCGUGGAGCACAUCUGGCAGGACAACGACAUGCUGAGUGCCUCGGUCGACGGUACCGAUGAAAUGAAAUACGACUUUGACUCCCUGGGGCCUGAGGCCACUUUGCAGGGAGUUGGAAACGGUACAGUCAAGAGCAUGGAUUGCACUUCUGAGUUGGAGGACUUCUUUGCCAAAAGGAAGCUGGACGACGGUGACAGCCACGUAGUGAGCAUCGCCGAGUGCCUGCGGCGUGGAGACACCGCCAUCAUCUACCCGGAAGCUCCGGAGGAGCUGAGCCGCCUGGGAACGCCGGAGGCCACGGGACCAGAGGAGAAUGACCUGCCACCUGGAACGCCAGAUGCUUUCGCCCAACUGUUGACCUGCCCCUACUGCGACCGAGGCUACAAGCGCUUGACAUCGCUGAAGGAGCACAUCAAGUACCGCCAUGAGAAGAACGAGGAAAACUUCGCCUGCCCCCUGUGCAACUACACGUUCGCGUACCGCACCCAGCUGGAGCGGCACAUGGCCACGCACAAGCCUGCCAGGGACCAGCACCAAAUGCUCAACCAAGAGGCAGGAAACCGCAAGUUCAAGUGUGCCGAGUGCGGCAAGGCCUUCAAGUACAAGCACCAUCUGAAGGAGCACCUCCGGAUCCAUAGCGGCGAAAAACCGUACGAGUGCCCCAACUGCAAGAAGCGUUUCUCCCACUCGGGCUCCUACAGCUCCCACAUCAGCAGCAAGAAGUGCAUCGGCUUGAUCGCCGUCAACGGUCGCAUGCGCAACAGCAUGAAGCCAGGCUCCUCCCCUACCUCUGCAUCGGCCUCGCCCACCAAUACUGCCAUCACCCAGCUGCGGCAGAAGCUCGAGAACGGCAAGCCGCUGGGCCUCGCCGACCACAACAACCACCUGAACAUUAAGACGGAACCGCUGGACUUCAAUGACUAUAAGCUGAUGAUGGCGUCCCAUGGGUUUGGCGCGCCCGGAACAUUCCUGAAUGGAGUAGGAGGGAGCAGCCCACUAGGGGUUCACCACAGCUCGACAGGUCAGAGCCCUUUGCAGCACCUAGGGUUGGCUGGACUCGACCCGCAGCUUCUAGGCUACCCAGGUUCGCUAGGGAACAACCUGAGUGAGGUCCAGAAGGUUCUCCAAAUAGUUGACAACACUGUGUGCAGGCAGAAAAUGGACUGCAAGCCGGAGGAGCUCUCCAAGCUCAAGGCUUACAUGAAAGAACUGGGAAACCAGGCGGAGGAGCAGAAGCAGGCGAUGAAUUCUCCAGGGGGGCCUCAGGUCGGUCUUCCACUCGUCAAUCACAAUGGCGCCACCAAAAGCAUUAUCGACUACACGCUAGAAAAAGUGAACGAAGCCAAAGCUUGCCUCCAGAGCUUGACAACAGACUCAAAGAGACAGAUUAGCAAUAUCAAACGAGAGAAAGCCAACCACAUGCUUGACGGAGGUAUGGAUGAGAAAGUGCCAGAGAACAUGUUUACACCUUAUGCUUGUCAGUAUUGCAAGGAAACCUUCCCCGGGCCAAUACCGCUGCACCAACACGAACGCUACCUGUGCAAAAUGAACGAGGAGAUCAAGGCCGUGUUGCAGCCCAGCGAGAACAUGAUGCCCAACAAACCGCCGAUGUUCAUGGAGAAAAACAACCACUUAUCGUCCUCCAUGUUGUCAGAGAAGGGACUCACUGGCCCCCUCAACCCUUACAGGGACCACAUGUCCGUGUUGAAGGCAUAUUUUGCUAUGAACAUGGAGCCCAACUCAGAGGAGCUGCUCAAAAUUUCCAUAGCGGUUGGCCUUCCUCAGAUAUUCGUCAAGGAGUGGUUCGAGCAGCGAAAGAUGUACGAAUACAGCACUACCCGAAGCCCACCACUGGAGCACAGGAACACCACGGACAUGGUUGUCGGAACAAAUAACCACUCCCCACCUAAAGACUCUUUGGCAGCUAGGUCACCUGUGUCUCUCAUGAAGCAUGUUGACCACAUCACAUCGUCCUCCAUCGCGGAGCACCAAAACAACUGUGACAACCCCCUGAGACAUUUGAAGAACCACCAGUUUGGCGGCAGCGCCAAGGCUGCGGGCGAAAAGUUGGACCACUCCCGUAGCAACACCCCUUCUCCUCUUAAUCUGUCCUCCGCAUCUUCCAAAAACUCCCACAGCAGCUCCUACACCCCCAACAGCUUGACUUCAGAGGACCUGCAGGCCGAACCGCUUGACCUCUCCCUGCCGAGACUCAUGAAGGAGCCCAAGCAUGCACUGACGGUCAAAAGCAGACCUAAAGCCAACAGUAUUACCAUCGACCAUAACAGCAUCCCCUCCCCACGAGAGCACUUCGAAGAGCCUUUGAACUUGGCCUAUCUCAAGAAGGAAUUCUCCGGCUCGACCAAUGAUAGAAACAUUGAAAAAAGCACUAGCCCCAUCUUUGGCAUUAACCCCUUUGCUGCCAAACCUUUAUACACGUCACUUCCACCUCAAAGCGCUUUCCCGCCCACCACAUUCAUGCCCCCAAUGCAGGCCAGCAUACCAGGUCUUAGGCCCUACCCGGGCAUGGAUCAAAUGGGCUUCCUUCCGCACAUGGCUUACACUUACGCGGCGGGGGCAGCCACCUUUGCCGAGAUGCAGCAGAGGAGAAAGUACCAGCGGAAACCAGGUUUCCAGGGGGACCUGCUCGACGGUACACCCGAUUACUUGUCAGGGCUGGACGACAUGACAGACCCCGACUCCUGUCUGUCGCGGAAGAAGAUUAAGAAGACUGAAAGUGGUAUGUACGCGUGUGACUUGUGCGACAAAACAUUCCAGAAGAGCAGUUCCCUUCUAAGACACAAAUAUGAACACACAGGGAAGAGGCCGCACCAGUGCCAGAUCUGCAAGAAGGCCUUCAAACACAAGCACCAUCUCAUCGAGCACUCCCGGCUGCACUCUGGCGAGAAGCCGUACCAGUGCGACAAGUGCGGCAAGCGCUUCUCGCACUCGGGUUCCUACUCGCAGCACAUGAACCACCGCUACUCCUACUGCAAGCGGGAGGCGGAGGAGCGGGAGGCGGCCGAGCGGGAGGCGCGCGAGAAGGGCCACCUGGAGCCCACCGAGCUGCUCAUGAGCAGGGCGUACCUGCAGGGCAUGACUCCUCAGGGUUACCCGGAGCUGGCCGAGCGCGAGGCCAUCCUGCGGCACGACGGCGUGAACGGAGGGAUACGAGAGGGACACAAGGAAGUGGACGGAACGUAUGCAAAGAUUGCGCGGAGGGACGAGUUCGAGGAGGAGGAGGAGAGCAAGAGCAUGGACACGGACCCGGACACGUUGAGGGACGAGGAGGAGAACGGGGAGCACUCGAUGGACGAUAGCUCGCUGGACGGUAAAACGGAAACCAAAUCGGAUCACGAGGACGCCAUGGAGGAUCCCAUGUAAUCGGAGGAGAAGCUUCAAAUUUUUUUUUUUGAGUUUCUCUCUGGGUUUAAAACGCAACGUUUUAAGCUGCACGUGCCUGAAGCUUCCGGGAAGCUUCUCUUUGAGCGUCUCCUUGGGGGAGAACACUGUCAGGAGGGGUCGGUGGGGAAGGAUAAACAACAAAAAGAAAACAAAAACAGGGGGGGGAGGGGGCGUGGCUUUUAUGCAAACUGAACAACAUCCAUUUCAAAAAAUGUACAGUACUAAGGCCUAAAAAUAUGUGUGGUGCUAACCUCCUGAAAUAAACCCCCCCAUGUGAUCCAUAGUAUUUAUAGCACAACUAGUGACUUGUACAAAUUGCACUCCGCUUCUAUAAUCACGAACAAAAAUAAUAAAAAGUAUUUGCCUAUGUACAUAUUUAUACAGUGUUGGAAAAAGAGCAGUAGUGGCUGCACUGCGAUAUUACCUUUGUUAUCACCCGACUACCUACGGUGUUGUCUCGAGUUUUCCCGCCGAACGUCUCCAACCGCACUGUUUUAGGCCUCUUCAAUCAACUCCAAAUGAAGGAAUUUGAAACUGUGUGAUUUUUUUUUUUUUUUUUUUUUUAUGGGGAGGGAUGGGGGGGCGAGGUUUCCAAGAUGUUCGUUUUAAGGGAAAACUACGGUCUACGGACAGAAAAAAAAAAAGAAGAAAAAUGAAGGACGAAGCCUUUGUAAGGUGUUUUUUUUUUUUUUUUUUAAUAAGAAAAAAAAAAAAGAAGCCUUAUAUGCAAACCUUUUAACCUGUGUGUUUUCUGCAAGUGCCACCCUCGUAUUGUUGUAAAAGGAAGGUUUCAUUUGUAUUUUUAUUUUUUCUCUUUUGGUUCACCAGCUUCAGUAUUAUGAAAUGGUUCAGCACCCGUGUCAGUAUUAAGACUUAAUAGGCAGCAGUUCCUUAGUUUACAUUAUGUUGUGCAAUGUUUCGUCGGUUCUUUUAUUUGUCAGUAUUACACCAAACCAAUAUUUUUUUUUUUUUAAACAGCAUUCAUUUAUUUGUAGGAUGGAUUAAAAAAAAACAACCUUAUUUAUGUGGCCCAUUUUAUAUUUCCUAAUUUUAUUUAUUUCAUACUGUUGUGUACAGUACUAUAGUUCUUCAAUAUAUAGAUAUAUUUUAGUAAAAAGGAACAUGGUGUCGAUCAUAGGGGCAAAUUUUACGUAAAGAGAGCAUUUAUUGUGUUUCGAAACAUUGUGAAAUGCGAAGUUUAAUCUUAUUAUUAUUUUUUUUUUCGUUUUCUUUUCCAGUUACUGGGAAAUUCCAAAUUUGGGAACUUUUAUACAAUUGUGAAAACACUGUAUUUUCAACUGAAACAACAACAAAAAAAAAGAAUUCCACUUUCUUCAUCUUUGUUAUUCUUUUUUUUUUUUUUUUUAAGCUUAAAAAUAUUUACAAAAAAAAAGAAAAAAAAAUGAAGAGGGACUGUUACUUGCUAUGUAUGAUAUGACUGAAGAAGAAAUCUUUCCUGAAAUGUCUUUGUAAAAGUAUUAUUGAAUUCUUAAUUUGUAAUUUCUCUUGAAAAAUGACCCUGCUCGAAUAAAAGUAGCCAAAUUACAGAGUA